UGCAUUCAAGGAUUUUGCAAAUACUAUAAAUACAUAACUGAAGAAUCGGUUGAGAAUAUAGUCUUCAUUUGGUUUUUAGCAAAAAAAAAACAAAACAUCAAAAGUACUAAAGUAUGAGAUUCUUGACAGUCGUUGCGCUUAUUUCCACACUCUAUAGCCUCAACGCCUACCAAACGGUGAAACUGAACACCGGGUAUGAGAUGCCCAUUCUAGGUCUGGGCACGUGGCAGGCACACGGCCCAGAAGUGAAACAGGCCGUCAAAGACGCCAUUGAGAUCGGCUACAGACACAUCGACACCGCCUCCGACUACGGCAAUGAGGCAGAGGUGGGUCAGGCCAUCGCCGAGUCCAUCAAAGCGGGUAUUAUU